AUGCACCACAGAAUCAAAUCGUUCUUCGUUGGUGGCUACACUGCGCGGGAAGAGCGGCCAGCAGGUCCCUGGUUCUUCUGGUACCACUACCACUGCGUGUGUACAUUAUUUGAUGGCCCUCUCGGUGGAGUCUUGCAUGACUCCACCGAGAGGCCCACCGCGCAAAUUUUUGGCCUGGCGCUGUCGUUGAAUCAUGUCUUGAGUGCAGUACUGGAUGGGUUCGACACACCGUCGCAAAUCACGCCGCACCAUCGCAGCCCGGAAGAUCCCUUGUUCAUCCGGAUCGAACUCAAGGCAUCCAAAUUGGAAACUGGGGGCUCUAAACCGCUGAAGAUGGUCGAUUCGGGACUUGACCCAUCACUCGGCAUUUCACCCGUGCUAGCCGGCUUUUGA